AUGUCUGGUCGCGGCAAAGGCGGUAAGGGCCUUGGAAAAGGGGGCGCCAAGCGUCAUCGCAAAGUUCUGCGUGAUAAUAUCCAGGGCAUCACAAAGCCUGCUAUUCGACGCUUGGCUCGGCGUGGCGGUGUGAAGCGUAUUUCUGGUCUUAUCUACGAGGAGACCCGCGGGGUGCUGAAGGUGUUUCUGGAAAACGUAAUCCGGGACGCCGUCACCUACACAGAGCACGCCAAGCGCAAGACUGUUACUGCCAUGGAUGUCGUCUACGCGCUCAAGCGCCAGGGACGUACUCUCUACGGCUUCGGCGGCUGA